AUGACAGGCCGGAUCGUACUAUCAUCGUAUGAAUCUCUCCGAGCAGCUGGUACUAGUAUUAUAUGUCUUUCACCCUGGGGAGACUCUUCGCCGCUUUCGCUACCGUGCAUACGCUUUCGGGAUAUCGCGGUUCACACUGUAAUCGCCGCGACCGGAGGCAUGGCUGCCGUAGCUGCCCCAGUAAUGGGUCCAGUAUCCGACCUCGUCGUGGGAUCGCUCGGGGAUUCCAUCCUUGUUGAGAUAGGAAUACACGCGGGUUUCGAGGCUACCACAAAGAUAGCAAAUGACCUGGUCAUCGAUAAGGCAGUGAAGCACAUCAUACCCACACACUCAAAGCUUCUUGAGACUACAAGCGUUAAAGUGAUUCUUAUCACACUCAAGUUCAAGCAGACAAUGGAAGACGCCGCUCUUGGUUUUUUCAGGAGCAGUGUACAUAAGGAUCCAUCUCUUUUCUCCUUGGUGGUGGACUACUUCUCCGUCGAAAAAGGAUGGUUUUCACCUUACCUUUUCACCAGUUCGCGCCGGCCUAUCAUUCCUCGUACAAUGCAACCUGAUGUUCUCUUUUGUCACGGCCCAUUCCUUGAAGGAGAUUAUAAAAUCGGCGAGACGCUCAUGAAAGAAUCGGCAUCAGUCAUUAUGUUAACAACUACUCCUCCCCCGGAGGUAAAGGUCGUUCAAGCCGAAGAACCUUCACGCUCUUCCCUUUCAAAUCUGAAUAUACCCUCUUUGUCUCUGUCUAACAUUCUCUCUCCGCGCAUGGUGAUUGUCCUAGUGGGGUUGAAGCCCCAUAGGAAGCUCUGGACAACAAGCGCGCGCCCGGGAGAAAGCGUCAUUAACUAUCUGCUUCUAAACGGCUGCCCAGCUAUCGUGGUUCCCGUCAAAGUCGGCGCACCGCUCUUGGCGUGGGAUGCGCUUACCUUGGAAGAGCUAUGGAAGAUAGAACUUCCUCCCGAAGGAUGCCGAAAGCCCUUCCUGGAUUUAUGUAUUGAUUGGGAGAGGAGUUCCGAGCAUGACGAAGAUGUGAAGAGGAAUACUCUCAAGGCAGUCUUUGAUGUUACUACUCGCAGGCAGGCUGUUAGAAGCAAGGGGUGCAAGGAAGUCGUGGAUGAAGUCGACAAGGAGAGGAGCGGGAUUGCAAUGUGGAGAAUCCCGUAG